AUGGCAGCCCCAGAUGCAACUCGCGAAGAAAGUCCACCAGUGGAUGAGGAAAUCAACUCCGUUCCCUAUUACACGACGUUUGCUGCCCGCCGAAUGACCCAACCACGAUGGAACGAAUACAGGAACCAAAUGCCUAGAAUUGUACAGGUGACGCCUCAUGGUGUUCAACGGAAGACGGUCCAGUGGGUCGCAUGGAGCUGCGACGGCAAAAGACUCGCUUCUUGCGGUUACGAGAAGAGUGUGCGACUAUGGAACCCAGAGAAGAGUACUGAAGUCAGAAGCACUGCGAGUCUCAGCGGAGGACAUACCGAGCAUAUUGACCAAGUUGCCUGGAGUCCAGUGCACAAGGACUUGCUAUGCUCAUCCAGCUCUGGGGAUAGACGCGUGUGUUUCUGGGAUGCUCGGCAAUCCAAAGUCAUCCAAAACAUUCGCCUAGAUGGAUCACCAUGGCAGAUUGCCUACUCGCCCGAUGGGAAAUCUCUCCUCACACAAGGACGGAAAAGACUCGUGGACAAAGCUCGAAGCUCCGAAGCACAAUUUGGAAACAGAGGCGAGCUGCUUCGACUCUCGAUCAUGGAUAUUUGCUGGCUCAAUUCUGGAACUGCAUUGGGUCUUGGAUGUGCAGAUGGCUCUCUCCGAAUCGUCGAUUACCCAACAUUCAAAGACAUACACAUUCAGACGUGCCAUAACGGGCAAUGUAACACCGUUGACGUCCAUCCUCGUGGAAACUACGUUGUGACCGGUGGUAACGACGCCAUUCUAGGCAUGUGGGAUAUGCAAGAGUGGAUAUGCGUUCGCACGUGUAGUCCUUAUGACGAAACUGUCAACUGGUUACGUUUCUCGCAUGAUGGAGAGUGGAUUGCUUCAGUCGUGGCCAAGCAAAAAGAGAUUACCUUGGUCAACUUCGAAACGGGAGAAGUAGGUCAUCGGAUCAAGAUGUCGGGCGAGGUCAACUGUUUGGCAUGGCACCCAUCCAAGCUCCUUUUGGCGUCAUGUGGAGACGAAGAUGACAAGAAUAAUGUCGGUUGGGUAUCAUUCUUCAACCCUCCAGCGUGA